AUGGAUUUCCCAGCCACCACGGCUGUUGUCUUCCUUGCCCUCGACAGCCCCCUCAACGCCACCACUGCACGCGGCACGGAACACAGCUUCUUUGGCUUGACCGUGAGGCAGCUCAGAUACGUCUUUGCCACUUUCUGCAGCCUGAUCUUGUCAGUCGGUCUUGUAGGAAACCUGUUGUUGCUGCUGGUCCUGAUCGAGGGUCUCCAGAGCAGCAGCAGCAGCCACAUCUCCAUCCUGACCAGCACCCUCAUGGUCAACAUCACCGUCUCUGACCUGCUCUUCCUCCUCUACAACGUCACGGUGUUGCUGCUGACCUUUCUCCAGGAGGACUGGCAGAUGGGUGUGGCCGUCUGUGUCAGCAGCCAGAGCCUCUCCAUGUGGACCAUGUUCUGCAGCUUUUACAGCAUGGUGGCCAUAUCCAUCCUGCGCUACGUGGCCGUGGUCCACCCCACCUGCUCCUUCUCCACCAGUAAGGUCCAGAGGCUCCUGCUGUGUGUGAGCAUGUGGCUUUUGGGCUUCUUUGUCUCCAUCCCCAAUUGGCUGCACCAAAGGGUCAUGGCUGUUGGAGACGCCCAUUACUGCGUGCUCCUCCUGACCCCGGAGCAAACCUUCCUCUACUUCCUUCUCUUCGGGGGCGUUGCCUUUUUCCCCUUUGUGCUGCUGUUGCUCCUGUGCUACUCCAGGAUUGUCCAGUCCCUCUGGUGCCGGAGCACCCGCGAGGGCCAUUCGUCAGGGGGCACCCAGCUCAACCAGAAGGCCACUGUCAUGAUACUGACCGUGGUGACGGUCUUUGUGCUGAUGUGGAUCCCUUGCUCUGUGGUGAUCUGCCUCUCUGCCACUCAUCGCCUCUCUCAGACGCCUGCAGCUUUCGUGGCCUCCAGUUUGGCCAUGGUGCUCGCCUACUCCAACUGCUCCGUGAGCCCCCUCAUCUGCUUCUCCCUUUCGGCCCAGUUUCAGGGCAGCCUGAAAAAACUGCUCUUUCGGAGAGGCCGCAGAUGA